AUGUUGUUUUUAAAAGCCGAGUUGAUGCUUCUGGGCUUCAUCCUGUCCAUCUCAGUGGCUCUGGGAAAGGAGAGAAGCAUCUGUGUUCUGAAAGGUUCAUCUGUGAAUCUGACUUGCUUCGCUGAAGAUUCGUCCACCUCCAAGACCUGGUACACCGUCAACAAUAACAACAACGUGUUUGGUCUUAAAGAGCUUUCUGCAAAUGCCGAUGUUACCUACAACAUAAUGGAGGAUGAUACUCUAACAAUCAGAGAUGUUAAAAAGAGUGAUGCUUAUGGUUAUUGCUGCCAAGAACCCGGCAGCAAACCUGAACUGUGCUGGGAGAACAGAACAGAGCUACACGUUGCAGACCUUCAGGUAAAGGUGUUUCCUGCCACAGAGGGACACAAACUAUCUCUGAUGUGCUCAGCCAGCUGUCCUCUGACUGAAAGCCCUGCAGCCUUCAUCUGGUACAAGAACCAAAGGUCCCUCUAUGAGGACUGGUCCCCCUGGUACCGAGAGCUGGUCAGCAGUGAUCCGGCAGUCAGAUACUCCUGUGCUGUCAAAGACUACGAGGAUCUCAGAGCUCCUGAGGUCUCAGUGGCCUCCAUCACUUCAGACUGCUUUGGUGUGACGUAUACAAAAGGGGAAGCAUGUCCCAAGAAGCUUAAAUCUCCAGACGAGCCCUGCUCCAUCAUGUACCCCAGAGAACUACACAUUGAAAUGAACCCUGAAAGGGAAUAUAGGACGCUGACAUGUCGCACCAGCUGCCCUGCGGCUGACUCGGACACCGCCUUCAGGUGGUACUGGAACAGAAGGGUCUUCAUGGACUGCACAAGUCAGGACAUUUCGGUCUUUACAUUUUUUUCUUACAUGUCCUGUGCAGUUGAAAACAAUGAAUAUCUGCACUCCGAUGAGUUCUGCAGCGACAGCGACGUCUGCAUUUAUAUUAAUUACGGCAGCAGCAGGUUGUGCAUGCUGGAAGGAUCUUCAGUAAACAUUUCCAGCAAAUACUCCAAUUCAAGGUUUUUCACAUCCGAACAUGAAUCAUGGUAUAAACUGAGGAGAAGCACGAAGAAGGAGGCUGAUGUCACCAGUAUUGAAGCCGGAGGCCGUGUACAGCUCCACAAGAUAAAUAACAACCAGCGCAUCCUCUGCAUUAACGACCUGAGGAAGAAUGACUCGGGAGAAUACAUUUUCACUCACUAUAAGAAUGAGAAACAUGAACAGCCGGACUUGCUGGGUGUGAUCCUGGUGGUCACAGGUCUGAAAGUGACCAUGAGUCCCUCUGAUGUGGUGACAGAAGGUCAGAGGGUCACACUGACCUGUAGCACCAGCUGUCCUCUGGCAGAGGACACGACCUAUGUGUGGUUCUUUAACGAAGAGCCGAUAAGCCUGAGUGGGAAACACAACCAGCAUCUUGUUCUAAACCCAGUCAGUACCCUGCAUGCAGGAAACUACUCCUGUGCUGUCAGAUCCUCCCAGAACAUCAGUUCAGCCCUGGAGACGCUUACUGUCAAAGCCGGGAGAUCCGUGGCAAUAAUGAAUAUAGUAAAGAUGGUCUUUCUAUCAAUAAUCCUUCUAGUUGGAUGUAAACUGUACCUGAUGCUGAGAAAAAGAAAAACUGCGACUCCCGCAGCCAAGCAGAGUGAAAACGCAGGAACUGAAGAGAUAACUGCACACAAUGAAAGAAUCACACUUAUGGCCAGAAAGCCACGUGCUGAAAGAGAACAAGAACAGCAGCAGCAGGACACUGUAUAAUGGCCUGACUGUUGGUUGCAGUGUGCGAUCUGAGCAAACCGAAUAACGUUUAGACUGAGUACAAGAUACGCCUAAAAACCUUAGCUCUCAAAGAUAAAUUAAAUGGCAUUUCUUCUGACAUCUCUUUGUGCUUAAAGUUAGGUGGUAACUUCCUUAUCUGCCCACACAUCCAUGCAGCCCACAAUGGAUUGAGAUCAAAAAACCUUAUGACGAAAUAAAACGCAAAAUACUGCAUAUUAUUGCCGAAGUAGUGGAGGAAAUAUCACAUCAUAUGCUUCGAUGUAAUAUUUAUACAUUUCACUAGUAGUAAAAUGUAAAACUUUUGAGGCAACAUUUAACCAUAUUUUCUGAAUUUUAAUAUGAAAUGUUUCCCUGAACAUUUGAAUACAAAAAAUGUCAGAUGAGAAA